CUGGUAGGGUGGAGGGUGUAGGAGUAGAAGAAAGAAGCAGUGGGGGAAAUGAGCACGGUGUGAGAGUUGCCUGAACUGGGGAGGCGGCCUGGGCAAGGUGCUGGAGAGGGGCGUCUUGGGUGGGGGCGUGGCCACUGCGCGGGGCUCUGACCCCGACCCUUGCCACAGCCUCCCCGUCUGCCCCCACAAUGCGGCAUCGGCUGGUCCUGCUGCUGCUCCUCUCUGCCCUGGUGACCCCCUCCACUGCAGCCCCUAUCCACGAUGCUGAUGCCCAAGAGAGCUCCUUGGGUCUUACAGGCCUCCAGAGCCUACUCCAAGGCUUCAGCCGACUUUUCCUGAAAGGUAACCUGCUUCGGGGCAUAGACAGUUUCUUCUCUGCCCCCAUGGACUUCCGGGGCCUCCCUAGGAACUACCACAAAGAGGAGAACCAGGAGCACCAGCUGGGAAACAACACCCUCUCCAGUCACCUCCAGAUCGACAAGAUGACCGACAACAAGACAGGAGAGGUGCUGAUUUCCGAGAAUAUGGUGGCAUCCAUCCAACCAGCAGAGGGGAGCUUCGAGGGUGACUUGAAGGUACCCAGGAUGGAGGAGAAGGAGGCCCUGGUACCCAUCCAGAAGGCCAUGGACAGCUUCCAUGCAGAACUCCAUCCCCGGGUGGCCUUCUGGAUCAUUAAGCUGCCACGGCGGAGGUCCCACCAGGAUGCCCUGGAGGGCGGCCACUGGCUCAGCGAGAAGCGACACCGCCUGCAGGCCAUCCGGGAUGGUCUCCGCAAGGGGACCCACGAGGAUGUCCUAGAAGAGGGGACCGAGAGCUCCUCCCACUCCAGGCUGUCCCCCCGAAAGACCCACUUACUGUACAUCCUCAGGCCCUCCCGGCAGGUGUAGGGGUGGGGACUGGGGAGCACCUGCCUGUACCCCCAUCAGACCCCGCCCCAAGCACCAUAUGGAAAUAAAUUUCUUUCUUACAUCUAA